CCCGAGAGCCCUCUCUUCGCCUUGGUCGUCUGUGAAGUACAGAAAGGGGUUCGGCUCACACGUGGACAGCCGCAGGCCAGAGGGUGGGACGUCUGCAAUGACACAGAACAGAGGAGGGAAAAAAAUUCGCUGCUUUGUCAGAACUGUUUUACUACUAUAGUCCCUCGCUCUCUAACCGGGAAGGCAGUCAGCACUUGUGGACGUCACGACGCUGUCUGCUGAUCUGUUGUUAUUGAACACACAUGCGGAUACGAACUGCGCGUCGACGGCCAAGGGAACAGGCGGCCAUGCAAGCAAAAAUGCGAAGAGGCAUCUCGUGACGAAGGUCGGCUGAAAGGGGCUCAGCAUGACACAGAGGAUGGAGAGGAUACUGGUCACAUGUGGACUGGAAAGACCACAGGAGAAAUGCUCGGUGUGCUUUUCGAGUCAGACGCUCUCUCGUCACGUUAACGGUCCCCCUCGCCCUUGGCUGCAGCUUCCGAGCUCUUUCGCCUUCUCGUCUUCAUCGCACCGCUUUGCCCUGCGCACCGAGCAGCGGCGCAACAUCGCCACAAAUCUUUCCGCCGACACGCGGAAAAUCGAUGAUCUCUCGAGGCCCGAUGGCGGCAACGUGGCGUGCUCGUUCACGGACGAGGGCCUCAUCGGGACGCCCGCCGUCAACAACAGCAUAGCAGGCCCACCCACCGCGGCAGUAGGCCACCAUCCAAUGCGGUCCGCCAACGAUUCUGUGUAAGUGAUGCAUGUGUUGCUUGUCAUGCGAUUGUGCGUAUGUCUGUUGCCUUUGUCUGUUGCCUCAUGUGUGUGCAGGGAAUGACCCACUUCUUGGGGCUGCCGACCUCAGAGCUGACAAGACGCUCCUGCAGAGAUUCGGUGAGGUCACCGCACUUGCUUGCAUCAUGACUGAAGCUCACGGAGAAUGGCUCGUUAUGUGCGUGCAGGUGUGUUGGGGUGUGGGACUCACUAUCCUCUGUCAGCGCUUUGGUGCGCUGAGGGACGGCAGGUACAAGACUCACGUCAGCAAGAUGGCCUCUAUGGGCGGACGGGAGGCGCGCGCAGCCAUCAAGAAGGUUGACUUCUGCGGCUUCCAGUGCUGAUGGGGGCCACCAACAGCGCCUCACUGAUGAGGAUGAGACCCACAGGGAUGGAUCCGUCCCUUACGCGGGCCAAUGGCAAUUCGGUCAGUGAUGCUGCUCGCCCGAUGUGCAAAGGAAGCUUACAGUAUCGAUCUACCUCUCGUUCUGUCUGUCUGUCUGUCUGUCUGUCUGUCAGGUGUGCUGGCUGAGGAAUUGACGAGGUGUUGCCAGAGGUAGUGUUCGAGAGCAGUGUGGACGGGGGGACGACAAGGUGCUGUACGUCAGCCUGCCCGCCAUGCUCUACAAGACCAUGCACGCCACACAACACGUGGCACACACGAUAGAGGCUCACGAGAGCCGGGCAGAUGGCACACGGGCAGCCACAAGUGAGAUGAGCUGGCAAGGGACGAGUGCGUUGUGAUCGAUAGAGAUGAGAGGGAGGAGCGGGCGGCAGGCAGCAAGAGGGAUGGUUGCCGUGUUUAUUUUCCAGUGGCUGGCUGCCAAGGCACAGAUUUCUAGAUACCUGAAAGCACCCACAGUGCACAAGCUGACGUAGGCUGUGCGUGCGCUUUUUCAGGUGUUCUGCUAUACGGGGCCAUGUAAAUGGGCGCGUCCCUAUUUUUCCGCCUCCCUUUAGUCUGUUUCUUCAGUCAUUUGCGUGUGUUACAUUCUUGACACAUAUAGUUUUACACUGCGUCUCGUCGUGACGCAGCACAUGCCUUCGUGUUUCUCUUAUCUGCGCGUGCGUGCAAGCGGGGGACGAGCGUUUGACUCUGCGUGCUGAUGGGACUGUAUUUGUAUGAGUAUCACGGACACAGAGACGAGUGUUACGGUUAAUGACAGUUCCCCCCCCCCCCAAGCCCAGCGGGGGUGGAAAUCGACAGCAACACACACGAACAUUUGUCGAUCAUUCAAUGACCUUCAUUCACACGACACACACACGCACACACAACAGACAGAAGAAUUUUUUGGCGCCAGUUUUUCCCCAGCAACGGCUUCUAGCGCUAGAGAAAAAUCAUGACCCUCAGCCGUUGCCCCUUCGUGUUCCGUUUUCCGGUGAAUCAUAAAUUCUAUUCCAAUGAGACGCAUGACUUUCGUAACACCGGCGGUACUGCACGGAUCAUCCGAUUGAGUUUCUUCGGCUCUGGGGGCUUGGCUCGGCUCAGCGGCGAAGCGACUUCCUUCGGUACGAGGCAGGGACAAUCAAAAAGAAAGGAGUAGAGGGCAGACUCGUGCGGUCGAGCAAGAGCGCACCAACAUGUCCGAGGGAUUUGCCGAAGAAUUCUCUCACUUCCACAGGGAGCAGCAGCAAGUCGAGGAAAAAGUGAGUGCGUUUAUCUACCCGUCUCCCUGUCUGUGGCUGCCCAUGGCUGGCUGUUUGUGUGUGGAGGCCUACAGGUAGCCGCAUUGCUGCAUCGGUUGCACACUAAUGCGGGCGUAUACGAGACAAGACAGAGCAGCAUCAGGUUGGCGAGCGAAGAGAGAUGGCUAUAAAUUGGUGUGCUGCGCAGUGCAUGUUCAAAUGUCUGUCUGUAGAUCUUCCCGCAGGGCCCCCCGCGCCCCGCCAAUGCCGAGAGAAAACCAAUACAAAGAGGUGAAAAAGAAGCGUGCUUCAGUGGAAGCGAAGAACCAUGUGCCUGUGCUGCAUAUGCAGGCCCCGCUGCCCGAUGUGUCGGCGUCUGAUGGUGACUCUGACGCAUUUGAGGCGAGGAGGGGAGAGCAGCGGGUGUUACCGGCGAGACGGAUACAGAAGACAAGAAAUAAGGAAAGGUGGGUGGAAGCCUGUGGCAGGCAGGGAGGGUGUGCAUACAUGAAAUGCAAUUUUGCGCGGUCGGUCAGGAAGCAUCCGAGAGAGCACAGGAGUGAUGACUCUCCCCCCAUCUUUGUCCCACGGGCAGAUCCCGACGUACGUCUGCGGACAUAGGAAACAUUCGUUCAGUCGCAAAGAAAUGUGCUUCAGGCGUCGAUGAGCGACUUCCUCUUAUCAUCCUCACCCCAUGCGUUGCCAGAGAGCAAAUGUACACCACGAGAAGCGCUUGUUUGAUUGUGUACGUUACACAAAUGUGCAGGGCCAGGGGCUGGGCCAGGGGAAGAGCAUGAUACGUCGCCCUCACCACAAGUACGCAAAUCCAUCCGAGACAGCCUGCGUAUGCUCUCGCAUACAUAAACGUGCAUGAUGCUGUGUACAGGUCUGCGUUGCUCAGCAUUUCGAUAUAUCGACUGAUAUAGAUGAGGAGCAGAGCGGACGAAUCAGGCACAAGCGGGCGCAGGAUGCGGGAAACGAUCCGCACGACGAGUGGGCGGGCUGGUCGGACCCUUUCUUCACAGAAGACGCCGCCAUUGCUUCACCGACAGACGCGAAGUACACCAUGUGUGUGGAUGCAGUUUGUAAGACUUACGCGCACGUGCACUGACCUCCCAGGUGUGUGACUGAGAUUGCGACACAGACUGAGAGAGAGAUUGCGAUGCAGACGACAUCGGCUUGGAUCAGGUGGCUAUGCACAUGGCACAUGGAGACAGGUAUACAUUUGAGCGUGCGCGUAUCGUGCAGGGAGGACAAGCAAUGUGAGAGGGACCGCGUUGUGUAUGAUGGCUGGCUGGUGGUGGCCUCACAGGAGGGCAGGUGACAACCACACAGAGACAGGCAUCCAUGUGUGAUCAUUCGUUUUCAUUCAUUCAUUCCACUCUGUGGAUGCUUGUGUGCAUGCAGACUGUUUUAUCACAAUUCGCAGAAGGGCGCCUCGCAAUGGACACAGCCAGAAGAGAUGAAAAGAGUGGUACGGGCAUUCAGCUCAGUAGACGCGUACGCACACACAUGCAUGCGUACGUACAUACAUACAUACAUAGAUACAUACGUACGGGCACACAUACAGAUGAAUGUGUGUCUCUUUGCGUACACAUCUAAAUGCGUAAACGUAUGCAUUCUCAGAUGGGCGAAUGGGUGCCGGUAAUGGGGGAAGGAGGCGAGAGAUUCUUCCACAACGCGACACUGGGUACGUCCACACAUACAGACACUUGUAUACACGCAACACCAGAUGUCUCACUCUUGGUGUAUGCACAAACAGGCGUGUCUUUGUGGAAGGAUCCGACGCAUACUACAAACAUUUUCCAGGCGGCACUCGACGGCAACACACUUUUCCUGCAGCUAUACAGCGAGGUAGGCACGCAUACUCGCAUGAUCCUAUGGAUACGUUCUCCAUAUGUGUCUCGUGCGUCUCCUAGGUUGGCGGCGAUCUCAGUGUGUGUGAUCCGCGCAGCCGCACGGCUUUGCACUACGCGUGUGCUGGGGGAGCAUUCACUGCUGGUGAGCCGUGGCUGAUGUGUGUAACAAAUAGAGACAUGCUCCGCAUGUAUGUGUGUUUGCAGUCUUGUUUCUGCUGGACCGUCGCGUGAGCAUCGAGACACGAGACGAGGAGGGAGCCACGCCCAUUUUCUAUGCAUGCAGGUGCGCACAGAUUAGCAUUGCCCGUACAAGUGAGGCAAUUACAUGCUUCACGACCCACGUGCGUGACAGAUACGGCUACGCGCAAAUAACGCGCCUCUUGCUGGACUGGGUAAGCAGAGAAAAGGGAGAGGCACACAGUGAUGGAGGAACGAUUCACGCAUGUGUGGUGUCUGAGGUGUGUUGUCAGGGAGUGCGAGUUGACGUGACCAACGUGUAUGGGCAGACCGCUCUGCACGAGGCCGCACAGUGGGGACAGAUCGACUGCAUCAGGCUGCUGCUGCUACAUGGUGCACAGAAAGAGAGACAGUGGAUGCACACGGGAAUACACUUAGGUUUCUUCAUUUGCUUGUUUGUGUGCGUGUGUCAGGUUCGCCGCCCUCCCUGCUGGUGUGUGAUGCGAAUGGGCACCGACCGGCAGAUGUCGCUAAGAUUAACAAAAGAGAGCAGACAGCGCUGGUCGGUCGCUUCUGACGUGAGAGCGUACGCAUCCUUCAUGCUCACUCUGCUUGUGUUUGUGUUUGUGCAGCUGUUGAUGUCCUUUGAGGACUCUCUCGCCAUUGCAAAUGACUCUUACGCAGCACGUACCUACAAAGCACACUCAAAAGAAAUGUUUCGCGCAUGGAAUGAUGCCCGGUGGUGGUGCAGCGCUUUCGUGGCGUCAUCAGUCGAGAGGCGCCGUGACGGAGAGACGGGCGCAUGCAGACAGGGAGAGCAGCAGCGGUAGCAGCGGUGGCGGGCUGAUGGACACUAUACGGGUAACGGUGGAUGCGAUCAGAUGUCGACUCGUGUCUGCAUGUUUGCGUGCAUAUAUAUGUGUAUGCAGGGCGUUGCCUCCUCGGUGUUGGGUCUGUUCUCAACUCCCAGGCGCACAUCUUCCAUUGGCUCAAAUGACACACAGGGGGUCUGACUAACGGGCAGUCCGUGUCCAUGUAUGUACACGACUGUUUUCUCUCUCGCGUCCGUCUGGGCUGCUGUGUAAGGAUCGCACUGAGUGGGAUGUGGAUGAAUUCACACAUAAACG